ACAUGGUUUUGCUCUGACCGCGCUUCACAUCAGGCUCUCAGUGUUUGACCAUUCCGUUCUCUUCCCAAUUUCCCAUCUCUCUCUCUCUCUCCGCAUUUCUUUUGCAACACUUGAACCACCUUCUUUCAGCGUUGUGAGUCGAACACUGAAGCACGGACCUGGGAGGCGUUUUUUCAUGGGUCCUGAGAUCCCAUGAGAUCGCUGUUUGAUCCAUCGUUUAAACUUUGGUCUUUGGUUGUAUGGGUGUCCGACAUUACACAAUUCAAUGAGAAUUCGUUUAGUUCCAUGGCUUUCCUUCAUACUCUGCUUCUUCUGGAUGUUGCUCAAUUUCAACAUCUAUGUGGCAUCAAGCCGAUGUCUUAGGGACCAGCAAUCUCUUCUCCUCCAAUUGAAGAACAGCCUCAAUUUUAGCAAAUCAAGUUCCAUCAAACUGGUGUCUUGGGGUGAAAGCCCGUCCUGCUGUGAUUGGAGCGGUAUCGAUUGCGAUGAGCAAGGACGUGUUAUUGGCCUUGAUUUGAGUGCAGAAUCGAUCUCUGGUGGUUUUGACGGUUCAAGCAGCAUUUUCAGUCUCCAGUAUCUUCAGAUGUUAAAUUUGGCAUCUAACAAUUUCGAUUCUGUAAUUCCGAGCGAGCUCUACAAAUUGAAGAACUUGAACUACCUGAAUUUGUCAUAUGCUGGCUUUGUGGGGCAGAUACCAAAAGGGAUUUCUCAACUGACUGGGUUAGUUGUUCUGGAUAUCUCGUCCCUUUCAUAUUAUUUAACGGGGAAAGAGCUAAAACUUGAGAAUCCGAAUUUGAGAAUGCUUACUCAGAAUCUUACCAGCAUUAGAAAAUUGUAUCUAGAUGGUGUAACCAUAUCAGCUCAGGGACGAGAAUGGGGCAAUGCUCUGUCAUCACUCUCAAGUCUGCAAGAGUUGAGCGUCUCAAACUGCAAUCUUUCAGGUCCCAUUGAUUUUUCCCUAUCUAGGCUGAAGCUCCUCUCGGUAAUUCGCCUUGAUGAGAACAAUUUGUCAGCCACAAUGCCAGACUUCUUCGGUAAUUUUUCAAAUCUGACAAGAUUGCACCUUAGCUCUUGCGGGUUGAGUGGAAGAUUUCCGCUAAAUGUUUUCCUGGUAAAAAAAUUGACCUUCAUUGAUAUAUCUUAUAAUACUGGUCUUAGUGGUUCUUUCCCAAAUUUCACAUUGAAUGGAUCUCUCCAGACCUUGAUAGUGAGUCACACAAAUUUUUCCGGGAGGCUUCCGGAUUCUAUAAGUAACAUGAGGAACCUAUCCACGUUAGAUCUCUCAAAUUCUCAAUUUUCUGGACGACUUCCAAGUUCAAUCUCAAAACUGACUGAACUCACUUAUCUGGACUUGUCAUUGAACAGCUUCAUAGGUCCAAUUCCGUCAUUUGCUACUGCCAAGAAACUCACUUACAUGGACCUUUCUGAUAAUUUUCUAAGUGGCGAAAUUUCAUCAUCGGGUGGAUUUGAAGGACCGCAAAAUCUAGCCAGCAUUAAAUUGCGUAAUAAUUCUAUCAAUGGCAGCAUUCCUACCUCUCUUUUUGCUCUCCCAUCUCUGCGAAUCAUUCUGCUUUCCAACAACAAAUUCAGUCAAUUGGAUGAGUUCUUCAACGUGUCUUCCUCUGUACUUAACACCCUUGAUUUAAGCAGCAAUAAUUUAUCAGGUCCUGUUCCAAAGUCUAUCUUCCAACUGAAAGGACUUUCCAUUCUCCAACUUUCCUCAAACAAGUUCAGCGGGCCAAUGCUGCUAGAUGCGAUCACAGAGCUCAGAAAUUUGACUACACUAGACCUUUCAUACAAUAAUCUGUCAGUCAACAUGAAUGCGUCUGAUUCUAACAUGUCUUCGGUUUUCAAUAUGACCAAUCUAAAAUUGGCUUAUUGCAACCUGGAGACUUUCCCUGAUUUCUUGAGACGACAGUCCAGAUUAACUAUGCUGGACCUUUCAGAUAACCGAAUUCGAGGUAGGAUACCGAACUGGAUUUGGCAACUUGAAAGUCUCAGUUACCUUAAUCUUUCUCACAAUUUGUUGACUGAUAUUGAAAGGCCAUUGCAGAAUCUUAGUUCCAAUUUGAUACUCCUUGACCUUCAUUACAACAAACUCCAAGGUCCAAUUCCCUUUUUCCCAAAAAACGCUUCCUAUUUGGAUUACUCAUCCAAUAAUUUCAGCUCUAUUAUCCCGGCUGAUAUAAGCGAUAACCCGGCUUUCACAAUUUUCCUAUCUCUAUCAAAUAAUUCUUUUCAAGGCAGCAUUCCUAAUUUCUGCAAUUUUUCAAGUCUUCAAGUGCUUGAUCUUUCGUUCAAUCACUUUUCUGGUACAAUUCCUUCAUGUUUAAUGGCAAUGAGUGACACCCUUGCCAUCCUAACUCUGCGGAAAAAUAAUCUCACAGGAGUCAUACCUGACAAGUUUCCAGCUCUGUGUGCUUUAAGGACUCUGGAUCUCAAUGGAAAUCAAUUAGAUGGACCAAUGCCAAAGUCUCUUGAAAAUUGCGGGACAUUAGAGGUGUUAGACCUGGGAAACAAUCAUAUUAUGGAUGGAUUUCCAUGUUCAUUGAAGAAUAUUUCCACACUUCGGGUCCUGGUCUUGCGAAACAAUCGUUUCCAUGGUUCCAUUGGAUGCCCGAACACCAACGAUACCUGGCAGACGCUUCAAAUUGUUGAUUUAGCUUUCAACAAUUUUUUGGGUGAACUACCAGGAAAAUCCCUCACAACAUGGAAAGGAAUGAUGCCGGAAAAAGCACAAACCCUACAGUAUGAGAUCCUUAAAUAUGGUGAUAUUUACUAUCAGGAUAGAGUGAUUGUUACCAGCAAAGGUCAACAGAUGAAGUGGUUUAAAAUUCUAACUGUCUUCACUGCCGUUGACCUCUCAUCCAACCAUCUCGAAGGACCAAUACCAGAAGAGAUGAUGAAUUUUGAAGCACUAUAUAUUCUGAACUUGUCCAAUAAUGCUCUCACUGGCCAGAUACCAUCAUCUAUUGGGAAUUUGAGAAAGCUUGAGUCCUUGGACUUGUCAAACAAUUCUUUGAGUGGGAAGAUUCCAAUGCAAAUUGCAAGUUUAUCUUUCCUUUCAUUCUUGAACCUCUCUCUUAAUCAACUGGCGGGGAUGAUUCCUUUGGGCACCCAAAUUCAAUCAUUUGAUGCAUCUUCCUUCGGUGGUAAUAAAGGAUUAUGUGGACCUCCUUUGACUACAAACUGUACUAGUCCAAAAUUGAAUACUAGAAAUGCAGUGGCUGAAUUUGAUUGGGAUUUUGUAUUCACUGGAGUAGGCUUUGGGGUGGGAGCGGGAUCGGUUGUUGCCCCACUGAUGUUUUGGGAGAGAGCAAGGAAAUGGAGCAACAACAGAAUUCAUAAGAUCCUCCUUGUAAUAUUUCCCAUGGUUGGAUUGACUUACAUACCUUCUGAUGAUUAUUACGACGAGGAGGAGGAAGAAGCAGAAGAGAAUUCAGAUGAGAUAGAGGACUGUGAUGACUAUGACUAUGAAGAUGAAUCGGGUAUUCCAAGGUUUAGAGGAAGGUAUUGUGUUUUCUGUUCCAAGCUCGACAUAAGUAGGAAGAAGGCUAUUCAUAACCCGAGGUGUACAUGCCACCAUUCACCAACAGUCUCAACAUUUUCUGUUUCUUGGGCUUCUCCUUCCUCUCAGUCGCAUCUGAGAUGAAAAAGAAAAAAGAAAAAAAAGAAAGAAAAUGCUUUCCCCUUUAUUCAAUUGUGAUCCUUUUUUUUUUCCUGAAUACAUGUUACAUGCAUGUACAUGAUGUACAUACACUCACAAACACAAUCCAAAUAGCAAUAACGCAUCUCUGAUUUAUUGAAGGUGGUUUUUGUGGUACUACUCAGUGACCAGCAAAUAAAUGGAUCAAUGCUUUGUGUAGGAACUUGGGGUUUCAAUUCCUUUUAUUCACACACGAGUUGAAACCGUUCUCCCCUUUUUCUUGUCUUCUCUUUUUCUUUCUGUACACGGACACGUAGAUGUAUAUGUUGUACGUACGCACAGAAAAUCAUCCUAAAAUUGACAACCGUCAAUGACUAAAAGCAACAAAUCCCUACUGAUUAGCGAAGGCGGUUCCUGUAAUACUCACUGGUCAGAAAAUUUAUAAAACAACCACUAUGCUCAUUCCGAACUUUCAUCGAACACUUGAAGAGCCCUAUUCAGUUCAACAACUCAACUCAUAUAUUUAAUGUAUAUCUCAAGCGUAAUUCGACGUGCAUCGUCAACAAUUGCACAGGGACGGGCGUAUGGAGCAACGGGGAAAAAUACCUUUGAUUGACGUCCAACAAAACAAUGACUGGAACUCUGGAAGCAAUAUUCACUUUUUUCUUGAAGCGGUUCUUGUGAUACUCCCUGAUCUUAA